AGGAACUCGUGCACCAUUUUUACCAUUUUGUUCAUAUUAGACCGGUGAGUAGAAAUUAUGACCACGUCGAGCGUAUUAAUCUAAGUGCACCAUGAUAGUUCUUUGUGCGCGGCCACGACAUUGGUUUAUCAACAACCUCAGCUCGCUUUUCUUGCUUGUAUUUGUGUUGCUGCAGGACCUUCAGGAGCUCCUGCUGCAUCACCUUGUUGGAGAACAAACUGCCGUGCAUAGGAGUACCACGAUAGGACCAUACCCGACGACUUCGACCGCCUUCGCCCUUGCUGCUGAAGAUGUUGCCGUAUGGAACGAAAAUGCAAGAACUUCUGCAGAAAGUCAAAGUUCUAUCAAGACUUUCGAGCUGUACCCUGGUGACCGAGCCCCGCUGUUUUCCUGCGACAUGUUUCCCACCUGGCAGGUGUUCAAAAGGUUUUACAAGAGCUUUCAGCAGUACGUGCGGACGGUUUACGUGCAAAACGACAUGGCAACCGUUCUGGAAAAACACACGGACUUUUUUUCGCCCACAAAUUCGAAAUUUCUCCACCCGGGCCAAGCAGAAAAACUGUUGCGGGAAUUGGAAACGAGGAUGGAACAACAAGGCGAAUUAGAAAUAUCGGUGAUCAAGGACGAGGCAAAUACAGCAGAUCCUCACGGCGAUGAAACAGCAGGAGCCGAUGCGACUGGUACUGUCUCGGUAUUUUCAAUACCAGACUUGAAGUCAGGAGCUCAUCUUGGGGCAAAACCAGCAACGUCGGGUGUAGUAGUUGCGUCUUCGCCCUACGAUAAUGCACAUCUCGGGGACAUCUUCCGGGUGGAACACGCUGAAUUCGCAGAAGAAGACACACGAGGGGAAGAACAGAAGAAAUUAGACCAGGAUCAUGUUGAUGAUCGACGAGGAACAGCAAAAGUUGUAAGCUCCUCGAAGGAGCACGACCAAAGCGGCGCGCCAGCAGCAACUACAGAAGCGAGACCAAAGGUCGAGGACCCGAGUGUUGUCGACGCACGAAGAGCUACUGCAACCGAUGAUAAGAACCGGCUUCUCCGCGCCACGCUGGAAAAACUGCAGGGCCUGGAGGAAGUUUUCUUUCAGCUUUUAAAAUUCGCCGCGCCAAAGUACCAGCAGUGGUUUGGUUUCCAAAACGAUCACAGUGAGGAGUUUUUGGCCCGGAUAAGAAGAUUAUACGAGGCGUUUCUGCAUUUCUCAACAAACCCGGACGAGGUUCACAUCCUGGAAACGCACCUGACCGAAUCCGUAGACCUGAGCAACGCUUACCUGAGUAAUUUGUUUCGGUUGGGUAUGUUGCCGGUUUAUCGUUUUGCCGGGUUGUUGUGGUGGCUUUUGGUUCUACAAGUCAAUAAUAGUGAAGUUUUUUUCCUAGUAGCACACCGCCAAGCGCCAAGAGAAAGUAUCGUAUAAGAAGGAACUACACAAUCCUGCGUUAGCAUGACGAACACGAAAAGUUCUUGUGUCCUAUUUCUGCCUGACCAAGAAUAGCAUGCACUUUUCGUCUUCGAUGGUAGUAGGCGCCAAGUAAGAAAAGCCAGAAAGUCGUCGAAGAAAUAAAGCAAGCCACAUGAUACCCCGUGCAGCUUUUUCCGCUGAACACACAUCCAAGUACCCUGAGUAAAAGCGACUCCACCCCAUACUCAGGUUGCAAACUCUGCAACACAAAUCCAGAAGCUUUGGAAGAAACGCAUGACAGGUUCGUCUCUGUAUUGUAGUGCAUCUUAGCAAUGCUGGGGCAGGCGCAUCACAAACCCAUCACCUUAUCCUGUUUACAGCAUUACAAAUUCCAAACACGACAACUAGAAAUGGCUCUCAUGGGGAUGCGCAAUGCAAGUGUAUACUGUCUUUGCAAAUCUGCAUGACAACUCUGGGGUUGGGACGUUUUUGCUCAAGAUAUCGAGCGCGGAUAAGCAACGAGUCCGGGAGCUGGAAUGAGGUGUGGAAAUUGUACCUGCAGAAAAGCUAUCAAAUGCAAACAUGCCUGGGUCUGAGAGAAUGCAAGGUUUGUCAUGCACGGCUAGCAUGGCUCUCAAGUCUGUCUUGCACGCCACGCAAAAGCCACAUUUCAAUUGCUCUGUCAUGCAGAGACGCAGUUUGUGAUGCAGAUAGGCAACACUAUAGCAACUCCAAAACUUGUCAUGCUUGGCUGUCAAUGAAGGCGUCCACAGGAUUCGCCAAACAGCAUCAGAAAUUUCCAGACCCAGACAUAUUUGCAUUGCAGAAAAGCGUGGGGUCGCGGGAGUGGCACUUGUUUUUGGAGCGACAAGGUAUAAUUGCAACUACGGACAGGACUGCAACUACUACGACAGGGCAGCUGCAACCUGACCUUCUUCAACACCAACAGGAGCAGCACGAAUUGUAUCUAAAGUACCUCUCCGAGUUCGAGGAAAUGCUGUUCUGUCCGACGGGAACCGCCCUUCUGAUGCACGUAAUUAUCCUGUGCAAUAGUAUCGUACUCGUAGUACUAAUCGCAGUCAUGUAUUACAAAUUUCUUGCUCAAGUUAAAUCCGCAUUACAAAUUUUUCACUUCUCAUGCUAGGGAAAUUUGUCAUGCCAUUUAUACUACUACGAUGCUUGUUUUGCAUUUCAUAGCAAUCUUCCUGGCGCAAAAAUAUCACCUGAUCCAUUCCGCCGGGUCCAUUUCCCACGAGGCAGGAUACCUGGCAAACGCGCUCGGGUGGGUGUUUGACUUGGGCAGCGGCAAUUACCAGUUUGAUUUUUUGGAAGAGAUAUUGUGAAGAAAAAUGCCCCCUCCCCAUAUCGAAAAGGCGUGCUUUUCAAAAUUUGUGGUGCUGAUUUGUGAUCACAGAUCGAGUCUGUCUUGCAAGAGAGCAAUGCCAGGGCUUCCGCUGCAUUUCGCAGGCAGUUUGUAAUGCUGCCACGCUACUAGGGCAGACGUCUGCCAUGCUAAGUGUCUACCCCAAGUCACCCCUUUCCGGGCUUUGUAUCUGUCUGCAGUCCUCUACCGCAACACAAAUCCGAUCUGUGUACACAAAUCCUGCAUCACAGAUAUCCACUUCGAUAGGGGGAGGGGGGAUUUUUCCUUUUAAGAAGAGACGGAGUUGGGCGAAGUGUUUGUCGUGGAUCGCAUAUGGAUUGCAAAAAUGUCUGGGUCUCGAAGAUUCUUGCAUUUGUCAUGCAUGUCUGACAUGACUCGAGAAUCUGUGAUGCAUAGGGGCAUCGGAAAAGGCUCUCCUAUCUGUCAUGUAAAAACGUUGUUUCUCAUGCGGAAUACGCAACACAUAGCAGCUCAAAAAUUUGUCAUGCUUGGCUGCCUAUUGCAGUCCGGCUAUCAUGAUCCACUUUUAGCAUUACAAAUUUCCAGACCCAGACAUUUUUGCAGUUGAUAUCGCAACCGCGAAAACGACUUGUUGGUGAGUCACUUCGAUCUGAUCACGGAUUUGGUCUCGACUUUAUGCAUUGUAAAUAUGUCUGGGUCUGGAAACUUGUGAUGCGGGUAGGACAAUCAUAAGGACGCCUCAAUUUGCAGCUCGGCAUGACAAGUUUCUGAGUACCUGCGGUGUUGCGUAUUCUGCAUGGCAAAGCGCGUUGGCGUUUCUGCAUGACAGAAAAAAGAGGCUUUUGGGUAAUGUGCAUGACAGACUUUGGAGUCAUGCUAGCAGGGCAUGACAAACCUUGGACUCUUCCAGACCCCGACAUAUUUGCAAUGCAUAGACUUCUAGCAAAGGCGACGCGGACAGGAAGUUCUACGGCAGCUAUGCGUAUUGGGAGAAGUUAAAUCCGGUGAGAAAUUUUCCGGAUGUCGGGGACCACCACGACGAAAAGUGGAAUGUAGAGGCGUUUAUCAAAUGCAAAAAUGUCUGGGUCUGGAAGAAUGCAUGUUUGUCAUGCUUGUCUGGCAUGACUCUGAAAUCUGUCAUGCAAGUUACCCAAGAGCUCCAUUUUUCUGUGAUGCAGGAACGCACUUUGUCAUGCAGAAUAGGCAUAGCACCUAGAAGCUGAGAAACUUGUCAUGCUGAGCCAGCAUUUGUGGCCUCAUCAUGAGACGCCACCCAGCAUCACAAGUUUCCAGACAUCCAGGAAUUUUUACAUUUGAUAGCGUUCAACUGCCCUUUUACGUAUUGGAGGACGAGGACUCCUUAUCCAAGAAAAAAACUGUGUUAGUGUAAGUCUUUUGGGAAGACAGCAUCACAAGUUUGUCUGCCAUGACAGGACAAACUUGUUAUGCGCAGAUACAAAGGGAAAACACAUAGUAAGCGAGCCGGUCAUGCAUCUCGAGCAUGACAAGUGUAACUGUUUGGCAUUUUCUGCAUCACAGAUUUACACUUACACAGUUUUUUUCUUGCAUACUCCUGGGGCAAGAAGUAGCAUGCGUGAAGAUGAUGCUGAUGGUCCUGCUCGUGGACAAAAGCAAAACCAAAAGCAGCACAACGAGGUUCCCAUAUGCAUUGCAAAAGCAUCGUACUAGUAGAAAUCGCAUGACAAAUUGCCUCACCAUGACAAAUGAAAUUUGUCAUGCGGAUUCAACUUAACGAAGAAAUUACUAUUUAGACUGCAGCAAACCAGAACUUUUGAAGCUUUGGGGUAUGUUCUGGGGUAUGCAAAGUGGCUGCAUAGCAUCGGGAUUCGUAAUUUGCAGGCCACACCCCAAAACAUACCCCAGACACACCCCAGACACACCCCCGACACACCCCCCCCCGACAAGAACUGCUGAAGCUUUGGGGUGUGUUCUGGGGUAUGCAACGUGGCUGCGUAGCAUCGUGAUUUGCAACUUGCAAGCCACACCCCGAACACACCCCGGACACACCCCAGACACACCCCAGACACACCCCAGACAUACCCCAGACAUACCCCAGACACACCCCCGGCUCACACCCCCGACAGGCCCCCGGCUCACACCCCCGACCCCAGACAAACAACCCCGACACACCCCAGACACACCCCAGAGCACACUCCCGAACACACCUCGGGGUAAAAGCGAGACACAGCCCCGAACAAACCUUGGGCGUGUUCGGACGCAUGCGACCCCGAAUGGCGUGGCCAGUCUGUCAACAAAUAUAUAUAAGCCGGCCCACUCGGGGGGGGGCGGACCCCGCGAAGCCACUCGCCGCCGUGCCUUGGAAUGUGUUUGCUGCUGGUGCUGGUGUGCCCCGUGCAUAGACAUUCCGGGCGCGCUGACCUAACAAGCCCCACGCGGGUGCCUUGCCUGCUGAGAAAGUAAGGGGGGCGCGAAUCUAUGGGCCCUGCACUUUUCUACAGAGAUAAUAUCUAACACGGAAGCGAAGGGCCACAUGGGGCCGCUUUUCUUCUAUUCGUUUUCGUACCUACCACCCAAACCAAGCAUAACAGUGGGCCCAGCCGUUGGCUGGGCACAAAGACAAACACACACAGAGAGCGAUGGGCGCGCAGAUAUUCCAGCAGGCGGACUGCCUGAACCCCCAUAGGCGGCCCCCCGUCUGGGCAAGGGCCCCCGGGGUGGCGCCGCGUCCGAACAUUUGGGAGCGCUUCCCGGGCACCGCAGGCAUGGCCCGCGGCCGGGCAAGUGGGUGCCCAAGGCCAGCGCGAGGACUCUGUGCCCGGUCCAUGACCGAGGGGCGCGCUUUGGGCGCCUCCAUCCUUCCCGGAGGGAAGGAACACCCCAUGGCCCGGGCGCAAAAGCCUGCGGCCAACAAGGGGACACUGUCCCAACGAGCGUCACCACAUGGCCUAGGGGCUACCUAGUCACGGGCCCUGCCCGGACACCGCAUGGCCCAGGGGCAAACGCCCCAGGUCAGCGGGGACAGUCAGAGCCCCCGCGCCACGACCUAGGGGCUAGCUUUGAGUUCUCCCGGACAGCGUGUGGCCCGGGGGCAGAAGCCCUAGGUCAGCGCGGGGACUCUGUCCCCGCGCCAUGACCUAGGGGCCAGCUGCAAGCGCUUCCCGAACAUGGCCCCGGGGGAAAAGCCCUAGGUCAGCGCGGGGACUCUGUCCCCGCGCCAUGACCUAGGGGCCAGUUGGAAGGAAGCGACUUCCGGGGGCCGCACGGACGGCCCAGGCGCAAAAGCCCUAGGUCGGCGUGGGGACUCUGUCCCCGCGCCAUGACCUAGGGGCCACCUACAAGAGCAACCCAGUUGCGCCCAUCAGCGCGGGCCCUGACGAUGGUCCGGCCGGGUAAUGUGCAAACCCUGGCCGCCGGGGGGCCAAUGGCGAUCGAACAAAAAACUAGCGCAGCGCCGGCAAAUGCUCUGUGGACAUUUGCCCCCUUGGGCAAGCAAAAAAAAAGAACGCACUGGGCCGGGGGUUGGCAGGCCGGGUAGGUUGGUCUGGCGGCGGCGCGGUGCAUCACGCACAACAAGGGGCCGCUCAAGGUAGGCCGAGCGACCGACCUCUUGCUUUCAGUAUAGCGCAAAGCUUCGAAAUUUCUGGCGUCCUGUCCACGUAUGUACGUGCGGCCCGUCCUGCAAAGGGCGGGAAGGUCGCUGCACGGGGGCCCCAGCCCCCGUGCCCUGACCUUGUUUGUAAUGCACAAACACGAUUACUACGAGUGCGAUACUUUUGCAAUGCAUAUCCCAUUCCCAUCGACCAGAGGACACAAAACGUGGAGCUACUUAUCAAAUGCAAAAAUGUCUGGGUCUGGAAGGUUGGAACUUGUCAUGCUAAAUCUGAAUCACGCAAAAAUCUGUGUUGCAUGAUUACCAAACGCUGCCCACUUUUGAUCAAGUUGAGAGGCAGUUUCUCAUGCGGGAUAGGCAUGAUAGUGAUCUCACGGAAUCUGUCAUGCUAGGUCCUCCAUCACAGAUCUGAUCAUAUGGGUCAUGGCAAACCAGCAUGACAAGUCGGGCAAAGUUCCAGACCCAGACAUUUUUACAUUUGAUACUAGUACUUUUCGAACAAACGAAGCGACAGUGGAAGCUUUGUUUAGACGCAGCAAGAAGAGGUGGAUCAUAUCAAAGCGCAACAAAGGACGAAAAGAACAUAGCGAAUAACAUAAUUCCGCGUGAUGAGCUCGUGGAGGCCCCUGCGAUGGUGGACCACUACCCGUCAUCACCUGAGUAUUACCCUCCACCAGCGGAAGAAGUAGACCCAUCUGCAGGAGGAGAAGAGCACGAUGAGGAGCUCGCCGCAUUCGAAGCCUUCGCCCGUCAAGAAUCAUCUCAAGAUGAACCUGCGCCAGGUUGUUCAUCUCGUGGUUCAGGUUCUACUUCUACUCGCGUCGAGGCAAAGAUAAAAAACGGUGGUAUGGCAAAAAAUAAAUGGGUCGCAAAGCGCUUGCCGGACGGAACGUUGCUGUUCGAACAACAAGACGGGGAUGAACGAGGAGUGGAGUCUGAAUCUUCAUCGUCAGAAGAUGGUGAAAAAUCCUUGUCACUCGUACUCCACAGCACGAAAUUUACGAAGUUAGAACUGCGGUACCUGCAUUUCCUCGCCACGGGCGUUCUUGCUUCCACAAGCUCGUGGUCUUCACCAGCACCACACGGAGCAACGUCCUCUUCCGCCUUUUAUUUUCAGUCCCCGGAACAACAACAAGCAGAUGGUGGUGGUGGUGCUGUUGGUGGUGGUGCUCCACGGAUGUUGCAAGCCGUUAACAUCGCUGUUUUCGGCUGCCUAUCCUGCGCAGAAGCAUCGUUUACUCAUAGAAGAAAUCGCACGGCAAAUUCCCUGGCAUGAAAAAUGAAAUUCUUAAUGCAGAGUUACCUUCAGAACGAGAUUUGUAAUGCAUGACGGGGGCAAUAAUUUCUUGACUAUGAUACGUUAGCGUUUGCGAUGCAUACUGCCACCUGGCCACUUCGUCCGAGUACGCGUCUUCCCUCCUCGGCGCCAUGGCGUACGCUGACCACUUCGACUACAGGACUUCUUCGGAUGAAAAACAUGCAGAAAAUAAAGAUUCUUCAACUGGAAGUAGUACAGGCAGUAGAAAUGAUCCCAAACCUCCUCCCAAGGAUCUAUUUGACAACCUCACGCAAAAACCCCGCGUCGGCUACUACUUUGCGUACAAAAUCUAUCCACAGUAAUUUUUCUGUACACGUACAAAUGCGGUCUCUGCAUGCCAAAACUUGGAUUCGAUCCUAGUUUGGCAUGACAAGUUUCACACUCCAAAUUGGGGAAAUUUGUGAUGCAUCUCGUACAUGUACGGGAAAUUUGUACUGCAUACAAUCUACCUGAAAAAUACCGUCGUCGGUAACCAGUCGCCCGUGUUUGCGAGUUGGGAGGACUUUUUUGGUAUGAAAUGCAAAUAUGUCUGAGUCUGGAAACUUGUAAUGCUUGGUUGGGAAUAGUGAAGGUUCUGUAAUGUUGCACAGCCUUGCACGAGAAAGGUCUGCGCUGCUUACUUUUGCGUUUUCCGCAUGACAAACUGCGUUUUCGCAUGACAGGCAAGAGACCCUUUUCCUGCUCAUACAUCACAGAUUUACGAGUCCUGCCAGACUAGCAUGACAAACGUGCAACCUUGCAGAGGACCCAGACAUAUUUGCAUUUCAUAUUUGGCGCGCCACAGCCGGACUUGAACCCGGAGUAUGUAGAUUAUUGCAAGGAAAGAUCCCCCCUCCCGAUAUCGAAAACGAAAUUUGUGAUGCUGUAUUUGAGUACACCAAUCGACUUGUACUGCUAGAAGGCCAAGAGCCCCAGUUGUGGCCUCGUUUGCAGGCAAUUUGUCAUGCUUUUUCGCAAUUCCAGCUGCCUCCUGUCAUGUUGAAGAUGCAAGGCUUUGGUCUCACGCCACCCAGCACUACAGUCCGCAUGUUUUGCCUUCUAGCAUGACAGAGCUGAUUUGUGGCCACAGAUCUGCAUCACAGAUUCCCGUUGUGAUAUGGGGAGGGGGGAUUUUUCUUCUUGAUAUAGAUUUUGACGCAACCAGUACGAGUACAACCGGCGCGACAGAGACGAGGACAUCGGAACAAGACGAGAGAACUGCUAGAACAGACCGAGGUUCAUCUUCUAGCAGUACUACAACAUCAGCUUCCACCUCCUUCUACAGCCGCAGAGCGCCGUGGCACUCUGUGAACUUCAAAACGAAAGCCUCCUUUUACGAAUCCGAGAAACUAGAGCGGCAAAGACUGCUGCAUAUCGCAAGAAAAAAAUGCUUCACUGUAAACCUGUAAUGCAGAAAAUGCAUCACGGAAGUGUUUGUCUUGCUACACACGCAAGACAGGUGAUUUUUACCGAUGUUUUCCCUGAGGAUCCUCGCAUGGCAAGUUUUCUUCGUAAUGUGUACUAGCGAACUUGUAAUGCAAAACUUGCAAGAUCCUUUCACAGUGAAGCCGUUUUUUCUUACGAUACUGCAUAACCGGGAAUUAGUGAGCGAAGUGAGGAAAAACGAAACCGCCGCUGCUGCUGCGAUAGAAAAUGCCGGUCAUGUCGUCGGUUCCUCCAGUGGCGAGGAACAAGGACGCCUAGGGAAAAAUACCGUGGUGGCUGGGACCGUGAACAAGUAUUACGCAGCGACAGCGCCGUUGGCGUCUGAAGGCGAGGAGGCCGCUGCUGCUGCUGCAGGACCAGGUCAUCAAGCAGGACAAGGACUAGAAGUAGAACCACCAGCACAUCAACUCCCUGAAGUUCUGCAGGACAACCACGCGACGCGGAACACAUUUCUGGAGCCGGAGAGGUGGCUGCACUUUGACGUGAGGAAACAGCUCAGCUACUGAGAGGAAAAAUCCCCCUUCCCCAUAUCGAAAAGGUAUGUUUCCGAAAAUUUGGGUUGCUGAUUUGCAAUCACAAAUCACGUCUGUCUUGCAAGAAGACAAGCGCAGAGGCUUCCGCGGCAUUCUGGAAGCGAUUUGGCAUGCCGUUGGGCCUAGAACGGGACAGCCGUUUGCAAUGCUAAGCAACUAGACCCAAGCGCCCCUAUCUAGGGUGAGGAUCUGGCUGCGAUGCCUUACUGCAAGACAGCGCGCACCUGUGUACGGAAAUCCAGCAUCAGAAAUUCCGUCUCGAUAUGGGGAGGGGGGAUCUGAUCUUUCCUCACGAUAUCAGCCGGUUUUUCGCUACGGAUUCCUUCGAGGACUUGCUUUUCAACAACAAGAACGUCGCUGGAAUACUGUCAAAUGGGGUAGCAGCUGGUGAUGCUUCUGGCGGUGGAACGACAGGUUCAGGUUCUUCUUGGGGAUGAUAGGUAUGUGGCGGGGGGCUUGCUCCGCGGGAGGGUGCGCAACUGGCCGGCACCUUGGGCCCCGGCCGGGCGCCCGCUUGUCUGGAGCACCCUCGGGCCCUUUCGGGCUCCUUUGCUUUGUUUUCUUUGCAGAUAUUCUGGCCCGCAUCUCGGCAGCAUGCAGCGGUCGGAAGUUGUAGGCCACUCGGCCGCGGCCAUUUAGGCAUGCGGCGACUCGGCCCUCCAGCGAGCGACCCCUCCGAGCGGCCUGCGUGGCGCUGCCGUCGGUUGCUGUGGUGCGUGUCGACGAGCGCGGUGCGCUUUAUUCUGUUCGGGGCCGGUGUGUUUUGAAAAUGCGCUCCCCCUGCUUUUGCCCUUCGCGCCCUGGAACCAUAUGGCGGCCGCGCCACCGCCCUGCCCAUUCUCAAUGAGGCGGCGCCACAGCCGUCGCCCUCGACCUUUUCCCCACGCCAGCCCCCUUCCAAGGGGCGCACAAGUAGGAGGCCCGUCUGUUUCGGCCGGCCGGCCUACGCCCUGCACCAGGGGGCCGCCCGGCCCUGUUCGCUUUUGUUGUUCCCUUUUCGAGCGCGGGCGGGGGGGCCGUGCCUGUAGGGUGGCGUCGCUUUUUUGGUUGGCCAUUGGUUUCGGCGUGGGCCCACCGCGAAUCUUUUGCGCAGACACGCCGGGCAUUUUUUUUUACAAACGCGCCGCCCCAACCUUGUGGGCGCGCGCCUCCUGUGCCGGCGCCGAGGCACCGUGGUCCCCGUCGUUUGAUUGCGCCAGGGCCUGCGCGAGCGACACACCGGGCACGGCCAGUCGUGCGCGGCAUCUCUGGCCUACGCGCUGUCCUUGUCUGCAUUUCCAAGCGCGGCAGACUUCCGUGACGGUGCUCCUUGAGGAAAAUAGUGAGGCGAGUGGUUUCCUGCACCCUUUUGGGCCAAAGGAUGGCGUGGGGUUGCGGAAGUGGGGCGCGAGGCCCCACACAAAAUAAAAAACGCGUCAGCAGCACGUCUGCAAUGUCGCCGUCGCAGUUGCAGUGGCCGUUUUGCGCAUGAAAAAAGUCAACUUUUUUUACUCGCAAACAUGGCAAAGGUUGAAAAAUAUCCUGAAAGUUAUAAUUUUUCAUCCUAAUAAAAUAGGUAACAAAACUCACGGACGUUCUUCCAUAGAAGGUGCUUCUGGCGGUGGAACGACAGGUUCAGGUUCUUCAUCUUUUUCCACCUUCUACUCCAAUAACCGGAAUAAGCGUCCCAGUUCGAAAUAAGCAUUGCGGUUAUGCUAUGAAACAGGUUAGGGGGUGGCAAAGCAGGCGAGUCUGGCAGGCUUUUUUUUUUGUUUUCAGUGUGUAUCUCUUGCUGCUCUAAGUAGGAAUGCGAAUGAGGAAUGCGAGUGAUGAACUCAAAUGAUGAAUGCGAAUGAUGAAUGAGAAUAACAAGCCAACUGGUUUCGGCUUUCAAGAAGGGGGCGGGGCGCGACUACUCCUCACCCGAUGCAAAAACAUGCUUUAUGUUUAUCGUUUUGUAUUUGUAUGGAUGCAGCUGCAGCAAGAACGAACACGAAGUAAGUGUAUAAAGAUAAAGACGCGUUUUCGUUUAGUUUUUUCGUCGCAUAGGAAAACUCGCACUCUACCAGGGCGUAUAGGUGGGCCCUCGUAGUGUUCGGCAAAGACUACGUGGGACCCCCGGGGUUUUUGGGAGCAAGUGAACCGUGGCGCCGCCUGCCCCCGAGGGGGGUAGGCCUGCCUGCCCCCGGUCUCCCGGUAGGCUGACUUUGCAGCUUUGCCGGCGGGUGGGGGCACUAGAGUCGCCGCGACCCCGAGCCGAGUCGGCGCAGCACACGGUGCGCGGGCGGCGAUGGAGUUUGGCGCCGGAAGAAGGGAUGCGCGCCAGGCCCUGGCCACCGGUCGGGUGUGUUUCCCGGGUGCCCGGGCGGCAGAAGUUUUUCUGCUGUUGCCCGGUCGCGGCAAAAAAUGACCGUGGACGCGCGUCCAUCUGCAUUUUAUCGGUCCAGCCGAAAACCGCUCUGAAAGAAAUUGAUCACGGAAACUUUUCGGCGGCCAAUAAAAUGCAGAUGGACGCGCCUCCACCGGCAGUUUUCCCCGUGGCACCUCGCCGGCGCAAAAGCUGCAACGGGGCGCGGGGUGGGGCCGCGGUCGCGGCGCGGGGCCCUUGGCGGGGUUUUUUUUUGUUGAGGGCGUAGGAUUUGGGGAUUCGGGUUUUGGGUUUGAACUGAUGGAGGGGAGGUUUUUUUCGCCACCCCCCGGCAGCUCUGCAGGGUUUGGGGAUUUGGGGCGGCCUGUUGCCAAAUCUUGCAUGCCCGCCCCCCCGACCGUGUUUGAAAAAAUUAAACGGCCGGAGCGCGCGGGGCGCGGAUCUUCGCCCCGCGAGAUCCCGCCCCCGCGCCUUGCGCCCCGCGGCGGGCCCCUGCUCGCCCGGCCGAUGCAUCCUGGCCGGCCGGUGGUGGCCCCCCUUCGUUUUUUCGUUUUCAGGGGAAGUGGCGUUUUUUCUGUUCUCGAAACGACCGACGUUGCGGGCACCCUUCGGGCGCGAUUGCGGUAUACGGGAGCACACGGCGCGGGAAGGGUGCCAAGAUAGAGCUUCCCCGGUCGCGUCGCCUUUUCACCGCGGAAAUUAAUGCGUAGGCCCCGUUUCCCCACUGGCCUGCGUUAAUAUAUAAAACCAACAAUGCUCCCGCUGCCUAUCCUGUUGCCUGAACGAAAAGAAAAAUGUUCAAAAAUUCGUCGAGUUUUUAGAACGCAUGAGCAUAACCUUGGCCGCUUAAAUCUGUUAUCUCGAACUGGGACGCUUAAUCCGGUAUAUGGAUGCUUCUGGCGGUGGAACGACAGGUUCAGGUUCUUCUUCUUUUUCCACCUUCUAAAGAAUUCCGAUAACCGUCGGAAUUUGCCCGUGACCGAUGCCCAAGCGGACGGUCAGCGAGAGCAGGUGGGGAGGGACCUAAGUAACCUCCCGCGACUGCCACGUGGCGCGCGUGCGUUAAAGUCACGUACCGCUAAGGCGAAGCUGAUGACGCUGGUCGCUAAUGCAGGUGCGUCCUGGGCGACUGGAGCGCGGGUCGUACGACCCAAAUUUGGACGAAAGUCCACCGAGGUGCGCCAUCCCGUGUGCCGACCCAUACCGGUAAGCACCGUCUGUGCCACUGGUUCAGCCGGAACCCCUGCUGGUUGAUGCACCUCUGUGCGCACUCUGGCAGGCUAGUAAGGAUCUAGGAUGUGAGGCUGUGAACGGGGUGCGCUUUGCAUGCUUUGAUCUGCUUAUGCCAAGGAGCAACUCCGUCCAUUACACACCUAGAAGAACCACUUGCAUUUAUGAGGAUGAUUAAUUUGACACCACACCAGCCGAGCAUAGUUGCAGCCACCUCUGUGGCGCGUUGACUAGCUAGGAACUGCGCGGCCUAGGUGCAUACGACAGCGGGUUCCGAUCUAUGUCCUCGGUGGUGCGGCGCAAUGCGACGAGACAGGACAGCCGGAGGGCCACCCUGUAGACGCGACAAAGCCGGCGGGAUACGCGUGGCGGAUGAGGAGCCACAGGGCGGCGAUUUCGGAUGGGGGUUUGGGCCACGCGAUCUCGGACUUGUUGCAGCCUCUGUUGCACCCGGCGCGGCGACCUCUCGUCGCAGCGCUGGAGCACGGUUCGACCCACGUCUGUGGGGGGACAAGUGCGACGCCCGCAGCCACCUCUGUGGUGCGGACGUCGCGGUGCGGUCCCUGCUGCGCGCCUCGCUGCUGUAUCUAGUAGUACACAAGACGCUGCGAAGCAGCGCAGAUACGCAUUUACUGACACAGAGCCGGAGUUCAGCACCAGUGAAGGGUGUGGCCUUUUGACGAGAACAUACAAAGUAAAGCUGGCAGCCGUCGAGGGGCGCCAGCGUUCUGGGGAUUUGGGAAGAAGUUUGUGUUCGCGCCAAGAUAUAGCAAAUUCUACCCAAAUUACAUCAUGGAUCAGGUACCAACAGGGCGGAAGGAGAUGCUUCUGGCGGUGGAACGACAGGUUCAGGUUCUUCAUCUUUUUCCACCUUCUACGAGACCUGGACCCAGGCCGUGUUUGCGCUGCAGGUGUUUCUCGCGAAUGACGACUACUUUCACAGGCACGUGAACGUCGUGCUGGGGUGUGAACCCUUUUGGCUGUGCAUCCUGUUGAUCCACGCCUUUCCCCCGGCAGUGACCUAUCCCACGAAAAAACUGUUUCACUGUGAUGAUUUUGCAGGCUCUGCAUCACAAGUUUGUUACACAUGACACAGAAAAUUUGCCAUGCGCGCUUCCAAAGGGAAAACACCGUUACAGAGUCAAGGUCUUGCAGAUGUAGCAAGACAAAUAGUUCUGUGUUGCCUUCUGUGCAUCACAAGUUCACAGUGAAACAGUUUUUUCUUGCGAUAUGACCGGGAAGAAAUUCAUUGUGCGGCUGAACAUGUGCCCCAUGCUGGCCUUCAGCAAAUUCUUCGGACAGCAAAAUUAUGGGAAGAAAAUUGUGUUGCAAGACCGGCAACACAGACAGCCUUUCUCAUGCAGGAAAUGCUUUGGAUCCUCAUUUCCUUCCUGUUUUCCCGUGUGUUUUCCCGUGUGUGGUUUAGGCUAGCGCUCAAGGCUCCGAGGAAAAGCUUUUUCGUGCUCAAAAAUAAAAACUCAAACUGAAACAACACACACGUGGGAUUAUGGAAGAAGUGUGUUCAUAUUUUGUAAUUACAAGUUUUCUCUCUCAUGCAGAGAAUUGACAACAAAUGUGUAACUGUAACACUUUUUUCGUGGGAUAAGAAUCUGGGCGCAGGUAGUAGCGCUGCUUCUUCGACAAUAAACGGUGAAGGAAAUAAUGACAAGGGGAGCGUAAAUCAGGAGCAGCCGUACGACCUGGCUUUCGCUCUUAUCUUGGAGGCACUGUACGGAAAAACGAGAGCGAGUGGCAGAGAUGGAAAAGAAGCCGACGAGAACCAAAGCGAGGGCGUUUUUUUUUCUUCUGCCACCCGCAUUUCCGCAGAGAUGUUAUCCUGAGUAAAAACGUACCCACACCAGAGUCAGGAUGGGGAUUUUGCAACACAAACCUAGGAGUUUUGUGAGUCACGCAUGACAAGUUGCACUCUGCAGUGUAGUGCAGGUUAGCAAGUGCAGCCGCAUCACAAAUCCAGCUGCUCAUCCUGUUCACAGCAGCACAAAUUCCAAAACACGAUUGGAAAUGGCUCUCAUGGGGAUGCGGAUUACAAGUCUUCCUGUCUUUGCAAAUCUGCAUUACAACUCUGGUGUGGGUACGUUUUUACUCAGGAUAGAUGUUUCGCCACGUUUAUGGCCGUAGACCACUGUACGUUCCCAUGCUGGGCUAUGGGGUUCUCAAACGUUACAUUCUCAAUUGUUAAGUGCAUGAAUUUGUCAUGCAAAAAAGCCAUCAUCAUCCUCACGAUCAAGCUGUUCCGCAUGACAAAUUUGCGAAGGGCUAAACCGCGCGUAAAUCUGUGCGGAAUUUGUAAUGCUACAGCUGCAACCUGCCCCAUUGUACUUUUGCCAUUCUUGCAUCAAUAAUUCAUGUAACAGUUGAGAAUGUAACGGUUGAGAAUGCCAUAUGAGCCUACACGCGAGCCACAACUUUCUUCAAGAUAGUAGGUGGAGCGCUGCUGCAGGAGCAGAUUCUGAUGAAGAAGGUGGUGCGAGGACAGAAGUUUCAAGAACUUCUACGCGCGACGCUGUAAUACCUGGACGUCGUCGAUCCUUUCGGAAUCUGAGCCCGGAGAAGGAUUACAACCUGAGAUCAGCAUCCAGCUUGAGCAGCAGCAGCUCGUUUGUAGGACGGGGAUUCGUCAGCGGUGGACCACACGCAGAGCAUGCGGAACUACAUCGACGAGCACCCCCAGACAGAAAGAACGCAAACGCCGCACAAAUUCCCGACGAGCAGUAUCAAGUGCUGCUGUUUCGCUCGCGAUAUGAAAUGCAAAAGCAUCGUACUAGUAUAUAUAAAUUGCAUUACAAAUUUUAAUUUCCUUGGCAUCAGAAAUGGAAUUUGUAAUGCGGAUUUGCCUUGAGAAAAAGACAUGCAUGACUGCAAUGACUACGAGUGCGAUGCUUUUGCAAUUCAUACGCGGUUACCCUACCAAAGUUUGGUGAUGAAUUUACUGGCGGCUUACGAAGACCGGAAAUUGCGCGACGAGGCCGAGGCGGAGGCAGAAACGGGGGUUCCCACAGAACGGAGAAAACGGAUCGUGACCAUCCCGGAAUUAUGAACUGCAAAAGUAUCGUACUCGUAUAAAUGCACUACAAAUGUUCUCAGCAUGAGAGAGGAAUUUUGUAAUGCGGAUUUCUCUUAAGAUAAAGAUUUGUAAUGCAAGACUUGCAUUUAUACGAAUACGAUACUUUUGCACAGGGUAGGAAUCCUCAAACAUGGAAUUCUCUCAGAUGCAAAAGUUCCGUGCCAUCAUCGUCUUGCCCCACGUUCCCAACGCCCUGCGCCUCUCGGAUUUGACGGCUCUGCACGUGCCAAUCCUGAUUCCAAGCGAGCCUUUCGUGUACCGUACCGUUUGGCCGCUGUCGGGGUGUACGAAUUGCAAAAGUAUCGUAUUCGUAUAAAUGCAUUACAAAUCUCCUCAGCAUGAGAAAUAAAAUCUGUCAUGCGGAUUUGCAUUAAGAAAAAGAUUUGUAAUGCAAGACAUGCAUUUAUACGAAUACGAUCCUUUUGCACAGGAUAGGGUGCUACUGCGGGCAGUCGGAUUCCCAAAUUCCCAUGAUGCAGCGCAGGGCUAUCACUUGUAAAAACGUCCCCACCCCAGAGUUGUAAUGCAAAUCUGCAUGCUGAAAAUGUUUCUCAUGCGGGGACCCAUGGGAAGCAGUUUCUAGUCGUGUUAUGGGAUUUGUGAUGCUAAAAUCAGCAUGAUGUGCUAGAUCUGUGACGCUGCUGAACAAGCUAAACAGGUGGAUAGAUUACACUAUGAGGCCAAACUUGUCAUGCGCAACACCCAAAGCUGACAGAUUUGUCUAGCAGAUUUCCCAUCUUGACUCUGGAGUGGGGACGUUUUUGUCCACAAUAAGGGCGCCGUGGAACAAAAUACGGACCUUCGCGGAUCGCGUUUUGGCAAAGGUUGUAUCAUCCUCCUCAACAGAUCUUGAUCCAGAUGCGGAAACUACUACAAUCAUAUCAAAAGGAAAAAUCCCCCCUCCCCAUAUCGAAACGAAGUUUCUGAUGCUGGAUUUCCUUACACAGAUUAGAUUUGUCUUGCAGUAGAGGACUGCAGGCAUAUUUCAAGUCUCAGUCGAGAGGUUUUGACGUAGGCGCCUAGCAUGACAAACGUGAAUGCUCUAAGCCCAACAGCAUCACAAACCGCCUGCAAAAUGCGGGGCGCUCUCUGGACUUGCCUUGUUGCAAGACAGACAGGAUUUGAGGGCACAAAUGCGCAUCACAAAUUUUCAGACGGAUACGUUUUCAAUAUGGGGAGGGGGGAUUUUUUCCUGCAAUAAAGCAAGGACAGAACUGCUGCCCCCGCCGAGGAAGAAAAAACAAGCAGACCCGCGGCAGAUGACUGGGGGCAUCAGGGAAACAAGCAUGAAGAAGAGGCUUCGCAUGAUCUUCUGCACCCCUACGACGUUAUCAAAUGUAAAAAUAUCUGGGUCUGGAAACUUGUGAGGCUGUGUGGCGUAUCAUGAGGAGGCGACAAUUGCUGGCUCAGCAUGACAAGUUUCUGAGCUUCUGGGUGUUGCCUAUUCUGCAUGACAAACUCCGUUUCUGCAUGACAGAAAAGAGGGGCUCUUUGGUAAUGUGCAUGACAGAUUUAAGAGUCAUGCCAGACAAGCAUGACAAACUUGCAUUCUUCCAGACCCAGACAUUUUUCCAUUUGAUAGAUGUUUUCCACUGGCAAUCUACCGAGGCGGUCUGGCCGCACAAAUUUUUGAAUGACAUUAUCCUGAGCAAAAACGCUGCCCACACGACCCCAUAGUCAAGAUGGGAAAUAAUAAUCUGCUAGACAAAUCAGCCAGCUUCGGCUGUUGCGCGUGACAAGUCUGUCGUGGCCUCAUAGUGUCGUCCUCGAUUUAGCUUGUUCACCAGCAUCACAGACCUAGCCUAAGACUCUGAGCGGAGCAUUACAAAUUCCAAAACGCGACUAGAAAAUAACGCUUGUCAGCAUGCAGCUCCGCAUGAGAAUCAUUUUCAGCAUGCGGAUUUGCAUGACAGCUAUCGGGUGGUCGUGGGGACGUUUUUACAGAGGAUAGACCGGAAAUACUGGUAUCGGUUCUCCGAAUGGUUUGAGCGGAAGGACUACGCAUUGCAAGUCUGUGGUCUGGGUCUGGAAAGAACUUGUGAUGCUGGCUUGGGAGUGAUGGACACACUGCAAUACCACGCAGCCAAGCAUGACAAGUUCUUGAGCUGCUCGUUGUUGCGAGCUCUGCAUGGCAAACUGCGCUUUUGCAUGACAGGCAAGCGACUCUCAUCCUUCUCAUGCAUCAACUGAGUUAGGAGUCAUGAGAGACAAGCAUGACAAACUCGUGCAUUCUUCCAGACCCAGACAUAUUUGCGGUUGAUAAGGACAUUUUACUCCGCUUCCGCUCCGUGCGACAUUUGUACCAACUUGCCACGUAUCCUGUGCAAAAGUAUCGUACUAGUAUGAAUUGCAUCACAAAUUGACUUAGCAUGAUUACAGAUUAAAUUUGUAAUGCGGAUUUGCCUUAGGAAAAAGAUUUGUAAUGCAUAAACGCAGUACGAGUACGAUGCUUUUGCACUGCAUACCACGAACAACGAGCACGAUUUCCUGUACCCAGAGCUGACGGAGAAAAUGCAAAAGUACCAGGCGUAUCAAAUGUAUAAAAUGUCUGGGUCUGGAAGAUUCUGACACUUGUCAUGCACGUUUUGCAUGAGCCAUGAUCAUGAUGUCCGUGAUGCAUACCCUAGCAAUACAGAUUUUUUGAGGGCUUCUUGAUGCCUAUCCCGCAUGACAAAUGCCUUCUCGGAGUAGCAAAAAUUGCAUUCCCCUUGCUACCCAUGCAAUACAGAUUUUUUUGGAAUCCAGAUGCAGCAUCACAAGUUGCAUUCUUCCAGACCCAGACAUUUUUGCAUUUGAUAAGGCGAAAAUUAUGAAGACCGCUUUAACCUGGUGGCGGAUUGCCCUGGAGUUGUAGAACAAAUUGAUUGCUAUUACUUAAAGAUGCAUCGCAAAAAAUGUACUUCUAACCCCUUUAUCCCCGGACGUCUGCAAGGAUGCAAGCUUGCGCUGCGCAACAU